UGUUCCAAAACUGGACACUAAAAUUUUAGACGAUACCUCCAAAAUAGAGCAAAGUCCAAAGAAGAGAAAGCACACAGGCGAAGUGUGCGCAGAAGAACAACACAAGAGACAAAAGACACUUGAUGUCCAGGAGACAAAAGAAAUGUCAACAAAGAUGAGAGAAAUGUCUGAUGAAAAGCAAGAUUCAACAGCCAGAGCCAAUUUCAAAAAACUCUCGUAUACCUGGAAGCAGUCUGAAGAUGAACUCAUUAUGGUAUUUGAUCAAGAAGGUUUAACACCAAACCAGAAAGAUUUGGAUAUAUCUUUUGGUGAUCAGUAUGUCCUGAUAAAGUUUCCAGAUGGAAAGCAGACAUGGUCUUUAAUAUUUGCUAAACAUAUUGAUAGAGAAAAUACUAAAGUACAAUGGAAGAAGAAAAAAUUACAUAUAACAAUGAAGAAAAAAUGUCCUCAGAUUUGGUCAUCAUUAGAGAGAGUUUUGAAAAAGCUUCAAUCAGAACCCAGUUCUGAAGAUAUGCCAGAGGCUAAGAAGACUGAUUUAAGUUCUGUGUCUUCUACUGAAGUUAUGACCUCUGGUCAGGCAUCAGGUGACACACCAUCCCCAGACCAAAUGAGUACCAGUGAGGCUACUGGAGAUGAUUCAGGACAGGGAGAUACUCAAACAUCAGAUGAAUAUUGUGUUGAUAAGGAAAAAGAAGAAGAACCAGUUUACCAACUCAAGCAUGUAAAAAACAGCUUCUUGGAAAAGGAUGACACCAUGACAGUACAGAUCUAUGUUAAAGAAGUAAAAAAAGAUACAGUAGAAGUCAAUAUGACAGACCAAACAUUCUCUGUCAAAUUCUCAACAAUGAAUCCUCAGUUUUUGAACCUGCACAAAGAUACAACCAGUGAUACAAUAUUUAACUGGGAAGUAAAACUCAAACAUGAAAUUGUACCAGAGAAAUGCAGAUACAAAUUAACUCCAUCAGUACUGGAGAUAACGCUCUCCAAGGAAGUUAGUAGAAGAUGGAGUGCGUUAGAGGCACCACAAAGGAAAGAGACUGCACCAGCACCUAAAUCUGACGAAUGGUUACCCACCACAUCAUCUUCCUCGUCAUCAGAAAACAAAUCAAGUUCAGCCAAACCUACAAAUGUACAGUUUGAUGAGUUAGAGGAUCCUGUUAUCAAUAAGAAACAGGAGAGAGAUGAAGACAACAGGGCCAUGGCAGACUCUAUGAAGGGGGCUACUGGUACUUCAGCAUCAUCUCAGAAACCUACAUGUAAAGUAUCACCACUGAAUAAAAACAUGGAUUUAGAACAGAAUGUACGAUCAGGAUUUACUGGACUAGAUAACUUAGGGAAUACUUGCUUUAUGAAUAGUGUCUUGCAGUGUCUGUCUAAUACUAGAGAGUUCAGGGAUUAUUUUCUCAGUAGUAAAUACCAGGAUGAUAUUAAUACAGACAAUCCCUUAGGAUUUGGUGGGAAGUUAGCAGUCUCAUUUGCCACACUUCUCAAAGUUUUAUGGGCUGGAACUCAUUAUUCCUAUGCACCUUCAAAACUAAAGUAUCUUAUAUCCAUGAAGGCCAGCCAGUUCACAGGAUUUGCUCAACAUGACGCUCAGGAAUUCAUGGCUUUCUUGUUAGAUGGACUUCAUGAGGAUUUAAAUCGAGUGAGAAAAAAGCCUUAUACAGGGACAGUGGACUCAGAUGGGCGACCUGACCAUGUUGUUGCAGAUGAAGCCUGGGAAGUGUACAAGAAAAGGAACAACUCAUUCAUUGUUGACCUAUUUCAGGGACAAUACAAAUCUAAACUUGUCUGUCCUGUUUGUGGCAAAGUGUCCAUAACAUUUGAUCCAUUCCUGUAUUUACAAGUACCGUUACCUAAGAAAAAAAGAUUAAUUCCUGUCAUAUUUAUGUGGAAAGAUCCUUACAAAAAACCAGUACAGUUAAUACUACGGCUUCCUAAAGAAAGUACAACUCAGAUGUUAAAAGAUGCAGUAUAUAAAAAGACUGGGGUUAGUCCAAGAAAUAUGCGAGUGUUUGAAUCAUACAAGAGUAAAUUUUACAAGUUUUUCCAGAAUGGUGAUGAUUUAAGUUCAAUCCAGGCCAACGAUACUAUCAUUGUGAGUGAAGUUCUAUCAGCUGAAGUAGCUGGAGAAAAUGUGUAUGAAGUUUACAUUUUACAGAGAACAGUCCUUCCAAGUCAGCUUCCAAACAGAUGUGCUUCUUGUCGAAGUUUGUGUCCUGAGGGCAGUAAACUAAAACGAUGCAUGAAAUGUUAUAAAGCAGGAUAUUGUGAUCAACAGUGUCAGAAAAACCACUGGCCAUUACAUAAGAUGCACUGUAAACAAUCACCUGAACCUGUAGGUCUUCCUUUUGUUAUCAGCAUCUCAGAAUCAAGGGCUACAUUCUCCAGAAUCUGUAAACUUAUGGAAGCAUAUGCAAGAUAUUCAGUAGAAAUCUUCCAACCACCUGUGAAAACUGACAGCAGAAUGUCUUGUCAACCUUCACCUUCAAAUUUAAGUAACAGUAGCCAAUCAAGUGGCAGUAUGAGUAGUUUAGACAGCCAAUCAUCUUGCAGCAGCUCAUGUACUAUAACAGCAGACCAGGAACAUGUGGGUGAAGGUGAGGCAGACAUUGGUGAGAUAAGUAGCUCUGGAUCAAGUCUUGUAGCUAAUGUUGGCAGUGGACUUGACAUGACAGAUACAGGAAGUGCUAACAGAAGUGCCACAAAUAUUCCAUCCUGUAUUGUAAACUCAGAUUUACAGCUUAGUGAUGAUGCUGAUGAUGAAUCAGAGGAAAGGAAUCUCCCAGAAUACACCUCUUUUAAACUUCCUGUUGAUGACAAUGCACAGGAUAAUGUUAUUAGUCUUGACCCACCAGUAGAGACUGAAAAACCUAAGGUCAUUCCAACAAAACCAGUUUUAGGUAUACAGUCUAUGGAAGCUGAGCGACAAUCACAGCUGUUCUAUGUUAAACCUGUCAAUCAAGAAGGAGUGAGUCUGAAAGGACCUGAUGGAGAAAGAAUAGAAGAUAAAGGAGAUGUUCCAAUUGAUCUGACAUAUAGACAAUUUUUGUCUAUGGACUGGAAGAAUAAUGACAAAUUAGAUUCUUAUGUGUUGGUCCAAACUAAAGAGAUUGAUUAUGAAGAGGACUCCACAUUCAAUAGAUCCACUGAUGAUGAAAGCAACAGUAUUACAUUAGAGCAAUGUUUGGACUUGUUCACAGAACCAGAAAUUUUGAACCCAGAUGAAGCUUGGUACUGUCCAAAAUGUAAACAACACAGAGAAGCUACAAAACAAAUGUCGAUAUGGCGACUUCCUCAUACUGUGAUAAUACAACUGAAAAGAUUUUCCUUCAGAAACUUCAUAUGGAGAGAUAAGAUUGAUAAAAUGGUGGAAUUUCCAACAAGAGGUUUAAAUUUGUCACCAUAUCUGAUUGGUAAAGGUCACGACGGUGGUCCUCCACCAUUAUAUGACUUAUAUGCAGUAGUGAAUCAUUAUGGUGGCAUACUGGGUGGACACUAUACAUCAUUUGUACGAUGUUCUGAUACCAUAGACCCAAAGAAAAAUGAAAUUGAUUGGAGACUUUGUGAUGACAGCAGAGUGUCUUCAAUAGGCCAUGAAAAGAAUGCUGUCUCACGUGGUGCCUAUCUUCUGUUCUAUCGCUGUCGUACACCGUUUAGUCCCCCACCACAAAUAGACUUGUAUGAUGAUGAGGACGAAGAAAGUCAUAGUAAGGAAGGUUCAACAUCAAAUGACUCAAGCUCAGAACCUAAAGAAGACUCAGCAAAAGAUAGUGACUCUUUGUUAUAUAUGGGUGAAGAUUUUCCUGACAUGGGAGACAACUCUGAAAAAUUAACUGAUGACUUUGGUGAAAUGUCUCAGGCUAAGGCUGGGGUAAAAACUUUUAUAAAGAUUGAAUCAGGGCACAAUAAAACAAGUGGACUACAAGUUGGGUCCAGUAUUGGGGUAAUGGACCAGGCUAGUGACAAUAGCUCUACCAGUGAUACAGAGGAAACUCAUCCACAGGGUUACACUGAUAUGGAAGCUGUAGACUAGCUUAUGUGGCAAAGUUGUCUUGUAUCAGCCAUUCUUGUAUACUGAAGAUCUUAAAAAAAAAUGUAUACAGAGGAGACAUAAUGACAUCAUUGAUACGGAACUAUUUUUAUUCAUGUUUACCCUGUUUUGUGUUUUGUAGAAAAAAUGUUGGUUUAAUAUGUUUUUGAAUUUUUCAUUUUUAUAUUUGCUAAAUUGGUACUCUCAAGAGAAAAAAAAAAACCUUUUUAAAACAGAAUUUAGAAAAUUAGAAGUUCUGGUGUAAAUUUAUAAGAAAGUAAUUUUGAUUUCAUGGGUAAUUGUGAAUAUUUAAACAGACCAACUUCUUAGAUUGGAACAAGUGAUGAGCUAGAAACUUUUUGUAGGAAAAUAAAUGUUGCCUCUUAUAUUGAAACUAAAUUAAUUAAGAAAAAGUAAAAUUCACAAUUUAAAAAAAAAACUCUUGUCAAAGAUUAUUGCAUCUGAUUUUAUGACUGAAGCUACAGAUGUCCAAUUGUUGUAACCUAGUAGCCACAGACUAUCUUUUUUGUGUAGUGUUUAUUAUUUUUAAAAAUAGUAUGUAUGGUUUUCUGAAUCCCCAAAUCAUGUCACAGUUUAAGUCAACAUGUGGACAAAAAUAAUGGCUCAAGGUAGAGCCCUAAAAUAACCAUUUUAUGAAACACAACUCUUUAAGGGUUUGGUGGAAAUCAUGAACUUUUUGAUAAGUAUUUGUCUGAUGUUUGGCAUAUGGUAUAGACAUGUGGCUGUUGUUGAGUUGAUGUGUUAUUGCAAAAAAACAUAUUUUUGUUCAUAAAUGUUAAAUUUGAAUUUAAAUGGACAGAGAAUCAUUAGAACUGUUCAAUUUAAAUUUCGUGUACACAAUGUGACAAAAAUCUUUCAUCAAUAUUUAAUAAUUUUUAAUAAGUGUUUUGUUGAAUAGAUCUGUUAGGGCUUAGCCAAAGUUUUUUAAUGUGAGAAUAUAUUAUUAAGUCAUC